AGAGCUGAAGAUAAUAACAGUUUAGAUCUCAAUAACUUACCUGAUGAUCCUUCUAGUGACUUUUUCCCGUUCUUUGAAGAGGGCGCAUCUUCCUCUACUUCUUCUGUAGGAGGGUUUAGCGAGAAGCAAAGCAAAGACGGAAAAGAGUAUGAAUGUAGAUUCUGUUCACUCAAGUUCUUCAAAUCUCAAGCUCUCGGUGGCCACAUGAACCGCCACCAGAGGGAGACGGAGUCACUAAACAAAGCUCGUGAACUUGUUCUUCGCAACGAUACCUUUCCUCCUCAUCAAGGACCUCCAUCAUUUAGUUAUCAUCAAGGAGAUGUGCAUAUAGGAGAGCUAAUAACUCCACUCAAACCAAUGAUGUAUCCACCAAGAUUAUACCCUAUCUCCGCCUCUACCUCCCCCCUUGGGCCGCCGCCACCACCGCUUGUGCAACCCUUUCUUUAUCCACCACCGUCUCCUCCGCGGCCCUCAUCGUUUCCUCACCGUCACACCAACGACAACUAUUUGCACAGCAAUGGUACACUUCACCAAACCCUAACCACUAGCAGUCAUAGCGGUUGGGGUAGUCGUGCACCUCCUAACUCGAGUUACACCUUCAUCGGUGCACCGGUGACUAAUGGCUCUAGAGUUGCUUAUCCUCUUCCUCCACAUCAUGGGAUA